CUCUUGUGAUGCUGGCCUGAGCCCUACUCCCUGCUCUCAAAGGGAGCUCUCAGGACGCAGCUACCUGAGAGUGACUUUACAAUUCAGAUAAUGAGUCCUCUCUUUCCUCUGAAAAGAAUUAAUGCCAUUUAGCUGAGUCCCAGCUCCACCACCUGGGUGAUGGAAAUAAUCCUUGCCUUUGUGGGGGGACUGGUGCUCCUUAUCCUAUUAGGCCCUUACUUCCACAAUAAUGUAUUCUCGCUGCCGCCUUUGAAAAAUAGGAAUAUCAAAAAGAUAGAGAAGAGGUGCAGGAAGAAAAGCAAGAAGAAGAGAAGCAUCCUGAAAGCUUGUAGAGAUUGCCGGAAGAAAGUGGAGGAAACACAACAACUGGCUUUGAUUCUGCAAAGCCACCUUCGAGAGUUCCAUGAAAGCGUGACAUUUCUUCAGCUGUUACAGGAAGAUGCCCCGAGUGAGGGACUCAGACCCAGGCCUGCUGGAGCCCACCAGCCACCUCUGCCGAAGGCGGAACAUUCUUCUUCUACUUCCAUGUCCCUGUUGACCUCCCUGCUGCCCCUGACCAAGCACUCUCUACCUCUGGCCUCACCCCUAUCCGAUGAAGCUAAAGACCACCAGCCUGGCUUGAACAGAGUCCCUCUGGGCCCUAUCCCACAGGGCUCCCUCUCAGCUAACUCCUACUGGGCAUCCCUGACCACAGCCAUCUCAGGACUUGACUGCAUCAGCUACUGCAUUCUGUUUUUCUCCUGGUGGUGGACCACUACCAAGGCCUUAUUCUUCUCCACCUGGACCCACGCCAGAUCCCGGAAAGACCGACAUCUUUCCCCCCAUCCCCGAGACUCCACACUCUGGGGAGACCCCACACACCAGCAAGUAGAGGUUGGGGGCCUCUCUUUCAUCAACCCUGAGGUCCAGACACUGCUGGAGAUGCUCAUCAGCAAGAGAGCAGAACUGAAAAUGUGGAAGGAGAACGCCAGGAACGGGUCCUCCUUCAAACCCGUGGGCCCAGAGCACUGCCCGGACUCUCUGGGGACAAUGCUGCAGUCACGGGGGGACAAGAGGGACACCACCGCACGCCCCUUCUGGGGCACAGAAGGGAAGCCAGAGCAGCUUCCCGACCCCCCGCAUCUCUCCUACCACCAGGCCUCGGGGGACUCCAUAGAGCGCAAACGCAGCCAGCUCUUCUGGGGCCUGCCCUCUCUGCACAGUGAGUCCCUGGUGGCCACUGCCUGGGUACCCAAGAGGUCCUCCUCUGCACCAGGCAAAGCUGUGACAUUUAACAAAGUCUCUGACUCUUCCCCAGAUCAAUCUCUGGCUGAAGAACCUCCACAACUUUCCCAGGACCAGCCCUUGCCCAACUCUGGGGCCCAAUCUCAAUUUCUAACACAAACACUGCCCCCAUCUGUGGCUCAGGCCCAGAACCACACCCACCUCACACCCUUUCCCCCAAACCUACCACCUUCUUCUCCACCCCAGAAGAGGACCCAGAGAACCAUUUGCCCUACAUCCCAGGAGGAGGUGUGGCCUCUCAGCCCAACUGAAAAUCAGCACGUGCAAAGGCCCUUGCAGAAGCAACAUAAACAGAGGAAGGUUUCACCCUCUUCACUCCAAAAACCUCAGGAAGCCCACAGCCCAUCAGCUCUCAACCAUCGUCAGGGCAGUCACCGCUCCCGGAGCCCCAAGUCAACCUCCACCCUUCCCAGGGAUUCCCACAGCACCAAGCUCCAAGAGCGACCAGAGAAACACAGUCAAGGGAGGUUCACCACAGAUGCACACCAGCACGGCCCUCCCGGCAGACUCCCAGCCUCCCAGGACUCGACACAGCCUCGGGGCAAAUUCCCCAGGAAGUGUUCCGGGUGCCAGGCUAAAGACAAGCAUGGCCCCUUCCUGGAUGCCCGGCCCUCAGAACUUGCUGGUGGAAAAAGCAAAGGUGGGCAGAAGGUGAGGUCCAGGCGCUCUGAAAGAUUCCUCCAGGGCCCAGAGCAAGACCUAGAGAGGGACCCACAAGGUCUACCCUGGAGUUCAAGAGGCAGCUCAGUAAAGGUUCUGGAAAAGGAAAAGGAGGAUUCAGGAAGUGACAUAUCUGUGGAUUCAAAUAAGAAACUUCUGGAAAAAAUCCUGCAAGACCAUCUGAGCAGAAAGUUGGUACAGAUCAACGAGGGCAUAAUCCCCGUGUACGUGCGUGGAUCCUGGCUGGCUUCCAACUACACUUUUCCCAAGUACAGCACCCACAAAAACAGUGUCAAUCUAGCAUCCUCCAAGGACCAGCUGUCUCGGGUGAACACCUCCCAGAACCUUUCCUUCCUGGACCCAGGAACUCACCUGAUGCUGGAAACAGAUAUCAUGAGGUCUCGGGUGCGACACAGGUGGAGUCCAGACCUGCAGGCCCUAGGUCCCCUGAGUCAAGACUCGGAUGAGAAGCCAGGCUCGCCCCUUGCACAGUCAGACCUGCCCUGGGUCCCCUGUGACUCCACAGACGCCUCAACGGCCAAGGUGGCCAGGUUCCCAGAAGGACUUCCUUGGAAAGGUCCAGGAGAGAAGGCGAUGAAAAGAAAAGCAGCUCCCACCCUGCAGAGUCCCCUCCCUGACCCCUCACCUGCAGAGAGGAGAGGAGCCCCACUGGGUGGCAGCCAUGGGCCCUCCGCCCUCAGGUUGAGAAGGCAGGACCCUUACCCUUACAGUCUCUCAGGCAGAACCCGGCACAGCAGGAUCAUCACAGGAAUGGCCAGAGGCAGCCUCAAGCCCAGUCCAGGCCUGAGAGAGGCCAGGGAUGAGCCAGGGGAGGAGAGGGGAGCUGUGGCCUCAGGAGACCCCUGCUCUGGUACGGCAAUGCCGGCAAUCAAAGAACAGUCCCAGUCCUCGAGAUCUGAAGAGACCAGAAAGACAGAGGCGGAGAAGGAGGAGCCUCCUGAGAGGGAAGUCCCUCCCCUCCCUGCCAGAGAAAGGUCAGCUCCUCCAGAAAGCUGUACUGAGAGGAGGAAGAAUCACGUUUUGCAGUCUCUGCACCCCAAUAAAAAAGGCAGAGGGCAGCAAGAUUCCUUGCAAAACGUCAAACCCCUGUCAGCCACUACCAAGAUGCAGAGACCCGUCUCCAGCACAGUGCCGAUGGAUAAUGACACGGCUGAAGCCCGUGACAGCUGUUGGACAGAUCCUGGGGGACAAGCUGGCACAUCAGCAUGGAGGUUCUCCACCAGAGUCACACUGACAUAAAGAGGAGCCCCAGGCCCCUCGUGGUGGGCCAUCUUGUCACCACAGGGGUCCCUCCUCCAUAGAGCCAAGGAUAAAUAGUGACAGGGCCUGUAAUCACCAUGCCAGCCCCAAGGGCCACAGGACAGCAGUCAGUCCUGGCUGCUCAGGGAGCCUGUCCCCCCAGCCAGUCCCUGCCAGCUUAGGCCAAGGGGGCAGGCAUCUCAGGUCACCUCCAUCAUUACCUAACACGCCGUCUUCAGAAAGGUUUUAUCUGGUCAAACAUACCCUGUUUUUCAGUUUUCCUGGUAAGAAAAGUUUUCUUUCUGAAAAAAAAAUACAUAUCAGUCCACACAGAGAACGAC